AUGUCCGAUCGAACCACACCGGUCACCCCCAUCAAAUCGCUUGGGGGAACUUCAGGACAGGAUUCUACGCAACCGUCUUCACCCGUAGCAGUCGAAUCCGCCGACGACGAGAGCAAUCUCAAAGUAGAGGGUCACCAUGAGCAGCAUGGGGGUGACAAAGAGAACAUGGAUAUUCCAAAUGACGAAGAUGACACGGAAGGGAUGGACAUCAAAGCCAGAGCGCUGACGAACUUGUUGAAGACGAGUUCGGGAAUUAAUGCCGUUGUUGUGCAGGUGUUUGUCGCUAUUAUGGCGGAUAAGAUGAAAGAACAGCAAAGAAGGCAACAGGAAGAGGCCAGGAAGGAGGCGGCCAAAAAACAAUCCACAGAAGUUAAGGAAAAGCCCGCGCUUGAGAAAAGAACUACCCGCUCAGCAGCGAAAAGGAACGAGGCGAAAGAUAAUGAAGGAACGGCUGCCGAGAAAAAGGACAAAGACGAAAAAGAAAAGGCGAAGAAAUCAACAGGAAAAGGAAAGGCGAAGAAAGUUUCUCAAAUGAACACCAUUUCCAACUACUUCAAGAAGGCGGAAGUGGAGGUUCCCGAAAAUAAUCCUACAGUUCAAGAAGCUCUGGAACAAGCGGCAGACGAGCUCGAAGCGAAACCGACGGCUAUUGGCGAGCAGGAUCUCGUUGCCACCCAGCAGCCCGCGCUGGUGACUGGAGGAAAGAUGAGACGGUACCAGCUAGAAGGGUUGGAAUGGCUUAAAUCCCUAUGGAUGAAUGGCCUAUGCGGAAUUCUAGCGGACGAGAUGGGCCUAGGAAAGACUGUACAGGCCAUCUCUUUGAUCGCCUUCUUCAAGGAGAAGAAUAUAUCCGGUCCUUUCCUGAUUGCUGCACCUCUGAGUACAGUGAGCAACUGGGUUGAUGAGUUUGCCCGAUGGACACCGAGUAUCCAAACCGUUUUGUAUCAUGGGACCAAAGAAGAACGCGCAGAGAUCCGCAGGAAACGGAUGAAAUUGCAGGAUCAGAAGAAAAUGGACUUCCCUGUCGUGUGUACUUCUUAUGAAAUAUGUAUGAACGACCGGAAGUUCCUCUCUCAGUAUCAGUGGAGAUAUAUUAUUGUGGACGAGGGUCAUCGCUUGAAGAACAUGAAUUGUCGACUGAUUAAGGAGCUACUCAGAUACAACUCGGCAAAUCGACUUCUCAUCACGGGUACUCCGCUGCAAAAUAAUAUUUCAGAGCUGUGGUCCCUUUUGCACUUCUUGCUUCCAGAAGUAUUCAAUGACCUUGAUAGUUUCGAAAGCUGGUUCGAUUUCUCCACGGUUUUGGACAAGAGUGGGCAGAAGGAGGUGAUUGAGAGGCGCAAGCGCAAUCUUGUUUCCACUAUGCAUGCGAUCCUCAAGCCGUUUCUUCUG